CUCGAAAGACAACUAAUCUCGUCGCUUUCUGCGGACUUCUGAGGACAGCACAUCGUGGCAGUUGGUCUCCCUGCAUAGUUGUGUCACGUCUUAUACGCGAGAGCCGUUCACGCUUCCAGAAUAGGUAUUAUCUGCGUACCUAUUAUUACCUUCCUCCCUGAUUGGUAUGAUGGUGCGCGUAUUGCCCUCUCCUCCAGAUACAACCGGAUCCAUUGGCUCACCUCCACCUGGUCCUACAUCCCCUUCACGGCCUACUUCAGUUAAAGCCCCUCAUCGGAAACGGACGACAAAUCGACGGACAUUAAGCUGUCUGCCAUGUCGACAACAUAAGUUGCGAUGCGAUCGCCAUGUUCCGUGCCACACGUGCAGUAGAUAUCGACGAGAAGACCAAUGCAGACAGCAUCCGGCUCCAUCUGCUGUCCUGAAAGAUAGAGUACCUGGGCUUAGGAGAUCCCGAGCUCUGGUUGCUGCAGAACCGUCUGCGAGCCAGAGUCCCAAGGAUAUCGAUCAAGACCCACAAGCAAGGCCGCUUCAGGGACUUAUUGCAGAUCGCGCUGCAGAUAAUACUGUGAACUCGAAUCUGGCUCACACACGAUGUAGAGAACAGACACAGAAGCAAGGCUCUACCGGAAGAGUGCAGAUGUCUAGAUUCGCGGAACAUUGGAGGCAAUUCAUGCAGUCUUCAUCAUCUGGAUCUCAGAACAUCUAUUCUCUCGAGUCUUCUGGAUAUGUUCCGGCCGUUUUAUUUCACCCUCAGUUGCUCAGCGGGUGUAUGCUCUCUUCGUUUAACCAGGUACCCAGAGACCCGAUCGACACGAAGUUAUUCUGGAAAACGCAUCUUGCGGCUGCCCUACCGUCUCAGAACCAAUGCGAUCUCCUCAUGUGUUAUUAUAUGGAAAACUCCAACUGGCUCUACCAGGCCAUCCAUGUGCCAUCUUUUCGACAUCAGUAUUCACAGUUCUGGACCACCAAUGUCGAUGACAUCGACCUUAUUUGGCUUUCUCUUCUUUUUACAAUCAUUUCGAUCAGUGCCCUUCACAUCCCCUUUGAACUCGUCGAGGCGAUAGGAUUUGAACCGUCGAAAAUUCGAAGCCUAGCCCAUACAUGGCACUCAGCUUCACGGCAGGCUCUACACGCUGGAGAGUUUGAGUCGAAGCCAAAUCUGAUGCAGCUUCAAACGUUCAUAGCGACUCAGCUGUACUGGUUAUCGACAAAGAACAUUGAAGCUAUGAACUCCGCACUGGGACAGGCGGUAAGAAACGCACAGGCUCUGGGAUUAGACAAGGGUACUCCUGGUGUCAAUUGUCUGGAUACGGAAUUGCGGCGACGGGCAUGGUGGGACUUGUGGUGCUGUGACACAUUUCAAUCAUUAUGCCUAGAUAGGACCCCUCUCAUCCAUACUGCUGCCUCAAAAGUUCCACUGCCACUCAAUUGCAAUGACCACGAUAUCACCGAGACAGCGGUGAAGCCGAGACCCAUGGAAGAGCCGACAGACAUGAGUGCUACCAUCUGUCGUGCAGAAGCAUUUAAAAUCCUCAGGAAGAUCUAUGUCAGUGAUGGAGAUUAUGUCUCGAGUUACGACUAUAUUAGAGCUAUCGAUGGUGAAAUGCAACAACUCGUCGACUGCUUCCCUUUAUACUUUCGGACCAACAGCGAAGCCAGCACCAGACACCUAUCUAGUCUUGACCACAUCGCCUGGCAGCACUGCGUACUUCAUAUUUCCAUCUGCAUGCAGCGUAUCCGCAUGAAUCGACAGUUCCUGCACGCCAGAAUUGGCGAAUCAUGGGGCAUCUGCGCCAGAGCUGCGCAGCGGAUGUUAGAUGUGUACCGAAGCAUGCGAGAGCCGGACGUCGAGCGUUUCCGACGCUCACAGAAAUAUCUAGCACAGGGUUAUCAAAUCUACACAGCAGCUAUCACACUAGCUGCUUUCCUCCUCGUGGAACGAUCCUUUCCGGAUUUCUCACCAGACCUCAUGCGAAAGGAUAUCGAAAUGGUCAUCUCCGACCUUGAGCUGAAGGACAUCGGAUCUAUCGUCGCGGAUGGGCUCCGCGUUCUGCGCAAGAUGCUUGAUAUGAUUGAUCAGCGCGAGUCGCGCGAUCCUCAGGCACGAGAGUCUCUUGUCCGUGAGAUCGCCAUCGUCUUCGGCGGUGAACAGCCGACUCGGAAGUAUCUAAAGCGAUGUGAUAUUGGAUACGUCCUAAACGCGUCUCAGAGAACAGAUGAAGAUAUUUCUGCUCAGGCUAGAUCUGGAACUCUGCAGGAACAUGAUGACCUGCAGACAACAAGAGGGGACGUCGUUGGAUUGGAAUCAAAUCUGAGUGAGAGCCAGUAUCAGAAUCAAUCUGUUUCCCAGGAAUUCGACCUUGCACUCGACAUGUUGGACAGUGGUCAAUUUGAUUUUCUGCUCGCUGACAUGAUAAUUCCGUCCUGAUGCGAUACCAUUUCCAAAUAUAUAGGUAUGAUCGAUAUAUAGUGAUCUAUGUCGUGGACUCAAAAAUGACUAAUUGCCUAUAGUCAUGUACAUUAUU